AUGGCUACGAGUAAUUUGGAAUAUUUAUCGGAUGAAUUUCUCGAAUUAUUACCUGAACGGAUGCGACGACUAUAUGAGAUGACGGCUGAAAAUAAUUCUCCAAAUCCUGGAAUUGACAAUUCGCGACGAUCCAGUUUUCCAUCGAUUAACUUGGACACACGUGUGACACAAUUGCGACCUGAAAUCAGAGAAUAUGACAGUGACGGCGUAAAUCAGAGAUGUUUAAAUGAAAAUCAGAGAUGUUUAAAUGAAAAUCAGAAUAACGGUAAAAAGCAGCUGAGACGUUCGACCAGAAAUGCUGCAAAAGAUGCUGAUUUUCGACGCCGUGAACAACUAGGAAUUCAAAAAACACCUAAAUCGAAGCCAACCAAAAUUAGAGAUCGAAAAUUAUUGCGCAGCUUGCACGAGAAUAUUUUAGAUCAGAGAAGGGAAUGGCGAAGUGCUGAAGUUCAGAUCGAUUCCCAGGAAUAUCAGGAAGCACUCGAGGAUGGUGAUUUGGAUUUUCUAAAAACUGACUUAGACGAAAUAGAUGCGAAUGGUGCUGAUGAAGCUGUAGCUGGGAGCAGUGCACUACUGUCAGGAUUCGAAAAUCCUGAUGCAUCGAUAAACCAAAAUGAACUGGAAUAUGAACUCGAAGAUGAAAUAAACCGAUCAGAGAGAUGUUUAAAAAAUAUUGCUGAAUCCAAAAUGGCCCAAAUUUGCAGUUUUGAUCCUGUGAAUGUUGAGAAGAAAAUUGAUUUGAAAAUUGAGAAAAAGCCUGAUGAGCAAUAUCCAGCGCCGUUGUCUCAGGACGAGUUAAUUUUUCGAAAAUGGGCCUAUGCUGUGUCUGAUAAUCACGAUAAAAAUGAAGACACCAUUAGUAGUCGAGUAAUUGAUUCUGAAAAGGCGAUUUCAAAAACCAGAGAUGAUGUAGGUCAUCUAUAUCUCGAGCUACGUGCUCAAAUGGCCAGAAUGAAAUCAGAUCUCAAAAAAGAUCACGAGAAAAAGAUCAAUGAUCUAAGAUCAGAAAUGAGAACAACCUUCAGAGCCUACAAGCAAACUACUGACCAUGUACUCACCUCUCACGUGCUCAUUAUGAAUAAAAUGAAAGAAAGAAAUAUGUACAUGAGUAACCUGAUGCAUCAGAUCCAAAUGCAGUAUUUGGAAGAUCAAGAAAAUAUGCAGAUCGAAAGAGCGGAGUAUUUAUCAUGGAAAGACCACGUUGACGGUUUCAUAGCAGAGCUUCAUGAUCCAGGAGAACCACCCUACCAGCCCCCUGUUGUGCCUACAGUUGUGCACAACGUAAACACUACCAAUGCCGAUAACACUGCCAGUCGCAGCAGUGUAAAUCCAGGCAAAGGCGCAGAUCUUUUCCGAGGAAGGAGAGGAUCUAGAGAUCGAUCAAGGUCCCCCGCCCCCUACAGGGGCAACACUAAUAACGACAGCCGCAGUAACGAGAGAUGUGGCAACAACGGUAGCAGUAACAGUGGCUAUCGUACAAUAGAUAACAGACCUAAUCGCGAUAGAUCAUCUUCAAGAGAAUCACGAUCAAACAGAGAUGAUAGAAACAACGAUCGAGAUCAUCGAAAUGAUCGAGAUAACAGAGACAAUAGAAACAGCGAUCGAGGCAGCCGUGAUCGACGUGAUAGCUACAAUGAUCAACGAGAUAGCAGAAAUGAUCGAGGUAACAGAGAUGAUCGAAAUAGCGACCGAAGCAGCGAUUAUAACAACAACAAUCGUAACAGCUUCGACGGCAGUAGCAACAGUAAUAACCAUAAUCGUGACAACCGAGAUGAUCGACGAAAUGAUCGACGCGAUGAUCGAGCGAAUGAUCGAAACGGAAACGACGAUGAUCAAGAAGUACAGAUUGAUCCUAGAUGGAUUCAGGCAGAACGUGAGCAGCAAAACAACCCCCCAGAACGCAGAUUAAAUUAUAGAAUCAGGUUUGGAAAUUCAAAUUUCAACAUAAGACCAGACAGAUUGCGUGAAUUUGGGGUAAGAUAUUCGGAAGAAAAUAAGUACCAAGUUUACAACUUUUUGCACCGAUUUGAAAGACGCAUGCAGCCAUACCAAGUAUCCCAAAGUCAGUACUGCGAUGCCCUAAUGGUCCUAAUUGAUGAUAAGCUGAUUCAUAUGGCACCUUGGAAAGAUUUGCAAGAAAAUAAUACUGAUUAUUAUCAAUUGAGAAAAGAUUUCAUCGAUUGUGCUUGGGGUCCUCAGAGACAAAAUGAGGCUAGAAAUCACUUCAGAAAUAUGCCAGUGUGUAAAACAUCCUCGACCACACAAUGUUCAGAAUUGAUGAUAUGGCUAAAAGUACUCAAAACUACGAACUCACCAUUCGAGGAUAUUAUUAUGUUGAUAUACUAUAAAAUGACACCCAGUCUCAGACCUCGUUUCACUGAGAUUGAAUUGCAAGAUAUCAACAUUUUUGAGAAAAGACUGAAUGGAAUGACUCGUGUUGAAGAGUUUGCUCAGAGACCACCUGAACCAGAAAGGCCUGUUACUCAAGCUCGAAAUGUGCAACAAAGAUCAGAGAAUCGUCGAUCCAGUUUUGGCGGUACUGAUAGGCGCUCCAAUUCACACACAGUGCGGAAUAACACCAAUGAAAACAAAAGUGAGCGCACAACUGACAAGUAUAAAAAGCCUAGUUACGAUAAAAAUAAAAGUCAGCCCAAAUCAGAGGCUACCAAAACCUACCAAAAAGACAGAAAAGAUGAGUCUAAGUAUAAAAAAUCGAAGGAAAAGACACAUGGUGUUAAUCAAGUAAAUGAGGAAGAAACACCAUCAGAGAAUGAAAGCUCAGAGGAGCAACAAUCCCCCCCUACCUCACCUGAGGGAUCAAUUGAUUCAGCAGGAUUGCCGUUGGGAAACGAGUAG